AUGGCCAACAUACUCACUGUCAUCAUCCUCUCCCAGCUGGUGUUACGGCGUCAGAAGUCCUCCUAUAACUACCUUCUGGCGCUCGCCGCCGCUGACAUUCUGGUCCUCCUGCUCAUCGUCUUCGUCGACUUCAUAUUGGAGGACUUCAUUUUGGGCGCGCCCCUUCCCCCCUUCCUCAACAAGGCAGUCCAGGUCCUGGAGUUCUCCUCCAUCCACACCUCCAUCUGGAUCACGGUCCCCUUGACCGUUGACCGUUAUAUUGCAGUCUGUCACCCGUUGAAGUAUCAUAGCGUUUCCUACCCGGCCCGCACACGGCGGGUCAUCAUGGGCGUCUAUAUGGGGUGUUUGGUGUCUGCGGCGCCUUACUACUGGUGGCCUGAGCUGUGGCAUGGUUUACCUGGAGGUGGUACAGUAAGUGGAGGAAGGGGGAGUAGUAGUAGUGCUGCGCAGCAUGUGCUAGUCUGGGUGCACUGUGCGACUGUCUAUCUCCUCCCCUGCUCCGUCUUCUUCUCCCUCAAUGCAAUGAUCGUCAGGAAGCUCCAGCGCCGUCGCAGCUGCUUCCGCCUGCGCGGCUACUCCACGGGCAAGACCACCGCCAUCCUACUCGCCAUCACUUCCGUGUUUGCCGUCCUCUGGGCACCACGCACCGUCGUGAUCCUUUACCACCUGUACACGGCGCCGCCGGCGUCCCCGGGUCCCGCCCGCCUUCUGCACCUCCUAACCGAUGUGGCGAACAUGCUAGCUCUCCUAAACACCGGGGUCAACUUCUUUCUUUACUGUUUCAUCAGCAAGCGUUUCCGGACCAUGGCGGCCACGGUUCUCCGGACGUUGUUCCGAUGCCGUAAGCAGCCGCCGCCGUUCUACGCUGGACACAACUUCUCUAUCACCAGUAGUCCCUGGAUCUCCCCUGCUAACUCCCACUGCAUCAAGAUGCUGGUAUACCAGUACGAUAAGAACGGCAAGCCCAUCUGCAUCUCCUCGUGAGGGGGGAAGUGUGGAGGGUUUCCCUGACGACGACCUUGAUGAUGACCCGAUUCUGGGACUCUUUGAGCUUUUCAAAUGUCAACAGACAUUUAGAGUGGAGGGCUGGAAAGGUGGAGGA